AUGUGGCUUAUCAACUGCAGCACGCUUAGGCUUGAAAAAUUUAUCGGGGUAUUUAUCCCAAAGUACGCCAUUCUCUCCCACACAUGGGAGAGCGAGGAGGUCACUUUCCAGGAGCUGGCCCUACCCUCUGCGGUAUAUAAAAAGGGGUAUUUCAAGAUCAGAGAGACCUGCAUUCGAGCACUCAGGCACGGUCUCCAGUACGCAUGGAUUGACACCUGCUGCAUCGACAAAACUAGCAGCACGGAGCUGGCGGAAAGUAUCAACUCCAUGUUUCAGUGGUACCAGAAUGCUGAAAAAUGCUAUGUCUUCCUCUGCGAUCUACGUUCUGGGGUCCCGGCUGAAGAUAGAUUGGCGAUGUGCCGUUGGUUCACUCGAGGAUGGACGCUUCAAGAGCUAAUCGCUCCGAGGGAAGUUCGCUUCUACGAUCAAAGCUGGCAAUACAUAGGGACCAAGAAGGAUUUCUCCGGUAAAAUCUCAUCAGUUACCAGUAUCAACGAGGAUGUCUUGCUGGGGAAUCGUCAGCCAAAAAUCUAUUCGGUAGCGACCAGAAUGUCCUGGGCUGCGCAUCGUGAGACGACACGUACCGAAGAUCUCGCCUAUAGUCUCUUGGGUAUCUUCGACGUGAACAUGCCUUUGAUCUAUGGUGAAGGGGUGAAGGCGUUUCGUCGACUGCAAGACGAAAUUGUUAAGCAUAGCAAUGAUCUGACCAUUUUUGCCUGGGACCAGGGCCACGACCAAGGGGCACCGUGGGGCCUAUUUGCACUAUCACCUGCUGGGUUUGCUGAGAGCAAUGGUAUUCAACCCUUCAGUCGAUUGUCAUUAGAUCCGGUGUUUGCCAUGACGAACAAAGGAUUACGAAUUGAUAACCUCAAGUUCAUCUGGAAGGUACCCGUCAAAAAUGACAACAGCGGAUCCGAGACAACGAGAUAUUUUAUUCCGUUAGGUUCUCGCGGUUCCCGCCGGACAGGAAAUAGUUGGACUGAAAUCGCCAUGCAACUCCGAAAGAUUGGACCGGAUGUCUUCGUGCGAGAUGGAAAGUUACUACUGACGGCCAACCCGAACAGUGGUGAUCGUACUCGGGUAACGUUACUUAACUUCUAUUUACAUGCGACCAUUCUCGAGUCUCAUGUUUUUGAGGGUUCGAGACGGCAUAGCGCAGUUCAUUUUCCCAGGCACGAAAAGUUCAAAAUCCAAGAAGUCAUCCCCGAGAGCCACUGGGACGAUACGAGUCGGCUAUUUUUCGCCCCCCUGGAUGAUGAAACCCUCGUUCUGGCCGCCUCGUGUGCGGUAACUUUGGGGGAUUCGACAGUCCAAGUGGUUGUGUGCAUCUAUUUCGGCACAGAUAUCCCACUUUGCCGGAUCUUCAACGCAGAAGAACACAACCGAUAUUCAUCAUGGCUUUUCCGUCACAAGAGAUUGGGUCACGAUGUGACCUGGGAUGAUGUCGAAGCCGACUUACCAGAGAUUCUCGAUUUUACUGAUAAGGUUGAAGGUUCUGCGGAGGGAAUAGGCUAUAAAAUAUCCGUAGUGCUCAAGAAGGGAGUUGUUACUUCUAUAUCAAACGAUGAGAUCUAUUCUCUUAACUUCGGAUUCGUGACUCACCCGCAAGCGAACCAAAUAUCAGCUCGACGCUCUUCUAAGAAAAGCGUCUGGACUGGAAGUGGAACAUCAGAUAGCAAUGUCACGUGGAAUGGAUUCAGCGGGAGAUCUCUUGGAGGGAGCAAAAAUGAAAACGUGCGUGUUCUGAUGGGUGGUCCUGGAGGAAUGUCGAUUAUCGACGGUAACGUGCUGAUGGGUGGCCCUGGAGGAAUGUCGAUUAUCGACGGAAUGUCGAUUAUCGACGGUAACGUGCGGAUGGGUGGUCCUGGAGGAAUGUCGAUUAUCGACGGUAAUGUGCGGAUGGGUGGCCCUGGUGGAACGUACGAGUGUGACGAGUGUGAUCGGUCAUUUGGCAGCCAGCAGGCCCUCAAUCAACAUCUCAACUCCCCAGCUCACGAUCCGGUGUACGAGUGCGACGAGUGUGAUCGGUCAUUUGGCGGCCAGCAGGCCCUCAAUCAACAUCUCAACUCCCCAGCUCACGAUCCGGUGUACGAGUGCGACGAGUCUCACGAUCCGGUGUACGAGUGCGACGAGUGUGAUCGGUCAUUUGGCAGCCAGCAGGCCCUCAACCAACACUUCAACUCCCCAGCCCACAUCUUCGAAUGUGACGAGUGCGAUCGGUCAUUUGGUAGUCAACAAUCUCUUCAGCAGCAUCUCAACUCCCCUGCUCACAAUUUCAUAAGGCGAUAA